UAUUAGUUUAAAUGAAAAGACAACAUUCUGAUUGUUUUGAGACUUCCUAAACCGAAUGGAUAGUAUAAAGAAUAGAUAAUUACCUAAUUAUCACAAUAUUACUAAGCAUGGCAAAUCAAACAGAAAAAUCGCUAUUAGAUUUAAUUGCUUACUAUUCUAAUAUUAUCAACUAAAUGAGCUAAUUUAAAAUAGUUUCUUAUGAAAAUUAGUAGGCCAACGAGCUGUAAAAUCAAUUAGCAAUAAUCAGAAAUCAUUUAAAUCAAGAAUAUUAAGUUUAAAAUCCGCAAUAAUUCAUUUCUGAAUGGUUGAAAAUGAAAUAGGCAGCUCCUUUUUUGGUUACAUUCUAAAUAGCAGAGAAUGAAAAAAACUUAAUCUAAUCUAAAGUAAAACAAGUUGAGGAAAUUGUUAGAUUUUUUAAUAUAGCAUUUUAAAAUUCUAAUUUAGAGGACCUUUAUGAUAAAACAAUUCUAUUCCUAAAGACUUUAGAUAAGGUUUGA